AUGCAAAGUACCCAAAGUGAGAUUGAAAUUGAGCGUGCAAUCAAGCGCCAGCGUCUUGAAGACCGUAACAUUAUUGUUAUAAAGCCGUUGGUACCACCUGCUUGUAUUUUAGAAGAAUUACCAGUUACACCAGAGGUGUAUGAAUUGGUGGACACAACCCGCGAUGCAGUAUCUCGCAUUUUGCACGGUGAAGAUGACCGUUUGGUUGUGAUUGUGGGUCCAUGUUCGAUUCAUGAUGUAGAGGCUGCUAUGGACUACGGAAAGCGUCUUAAAACGCUUGCAGACGAACUCAAAGGAGAAUUGCUGGUGAUUAUGCGCACCUAUUUUGAAAAACCUCGUACUACAGUUGGUUGGAAAGGACUGAUUAAUGACCCCGACCUGAAUCAGUCUUAUAACAUUAAUAAGGGUAUCCGCAUUGCUCGCAAGCUGUUGCUGGAUCUGAACUCGCUUGGUAUACCUGUAAGCCUUGAAUUCCUUGAUACUAUCUCACCGCAAUUUACAUCCGACCUCAUUUCGUGGGGAGCUAUUGGUGCUCGUACUACGGAGUCACAAUUGCACCGUGAACUUACCAGUGGAUUAUCCAUGCCAGUGGGUUUCAAGAAUGGUACGGGUGGCAAUGCGAAGGUAGCAGUGGACGCGGCUGUGGCUGCAUCACAACCGCACAACUUUUUGGGCUUGAAUGGACACGGACUGGCGUCUAUUGUGCGUACCAAGGGCAACAAGGACUGCCAUGUGAUCUUGCGCGGUGGCUCAAGUGGCCCCAACUACGAGCAGAAGUACAUUGAUGAGGCUGCUGCAAUGCUAGUGAAGGCGAAGCAACCGUCCAAAAUCAUGGUAGACUGCUCGCAUGGCAACUCCCGCAAACAACACGCCAAUCAAAUGAAGGUGGCUAGCUACUUGGCUGGCAUUGUGGCUGAAGGUGACACAAACGUGCUGGGUGUCAUGAUUGAGUCAAAUAUCGUGGAGGGCAACCAGUCGCUCGGUGAUGAUCCGUCCAAGCUCAUUUACGGCAAGAGCAUCACGGAUGCGUGCAUUAAAUGGGAAGAUACGGUCACAGUACUAAAGGAGCUUGCGGGUGCUGUAAGUAAGCGGCGUAAACGUGCUGAUGCCUACUAA